AUGUCUAAAAAGAGAAGUGUUCGAUCAAUUUUUGCUGUUAACAUACAACCUUACGUAAUAAAUGUUGAUGAUAACAAAAAUCCUGGAUAUGAAAUUGUAUUAUUGAAAGAACUUGGAAAAGAAUUGAAAUAUCAAAUUGAUUUUGUCCCACAUAAAGAACUGAAUUGGGGUGGAAUAUUAUUUAAUGGAAGUUUUACAAUGUUAUAUAAAAGAUUAUUUGAAAAAGAAGUUGAUUUAAUAAUUGGAAUGGUGAUGGCAAAUGAAACUUAUUACAAAGAUUUUUCACCAACAAUUCCUUACAGUAACGCAUUUUUAACUUUCUACACACCUUCAGCACAAAAAAUAGCUGGUUGGGAAACUUUUAUAUUAAUUUUCGAUCGAACCACAUGGAUUUUACUUAUAAUUUCCGGACUUUUUAUCACCGCAACGUGGUGGUUAAUCACUAAAUACGAAAAUAAUUCAAACGAUGAAACACUUAUCGAUAGCGCAUUCAAAAUAUGGUGCAUAAUUUUUUCUGCAUUUAACACACAACCAAAAUUAAUAUUACUCAGAUUAUUAUUCGUGUUAUGGGCUAUGUAUUGUUUUAUCAUAAAUUGUACGUAUCAAAGUUUGUUAAUUUCGUUUCUGACGAAACCUACUUUCGACACGCAAAUCACAAACGUCGAUGAAUUACUCAAAAGCGAUUUAGAGUUGGGUGGAUUUUGGUCGUUACGAAACGUUUUUUAUAACACCGGCAACUCACAAUCCGAUUUGGUCUAUAAAAAAUGGAUUACGUGUCCAUUGAACGAAGAAUGUGUUAAUCGAACGGCUUAUUAUACGGAGUCGUCAGGUCGAUUAAGGUUGUAUCAAUUCAAAACGUUAACGAUUUAUUUUAUUUGGAUGGUUUUUAAUAAAAAUUUUCCUUUACUUGAUCGAUUUAAUGAGUAUUUGUUACGAAUGACCGAUUCUGGACUUAUAUUAAAAUGGGAUAAAGAUAGUCAGCGUUAUGAAAGAAAUAGUUUGAUUACUGAUGAAUAUCAACCGUUUUCUUUGGAUGAUUUAAAACUUUGUUUUGUUGUUUUAUGUGUUGGAUAUGUUUUUGCUAUAAUUGUGUUUAUUUUUGAAAGAAAAUAUUAA